GUCAAUCCGACAAGUGCGAAGGUUGUUUGGCUUUUUGUGCCAUGUGCGCGCUUGUGGUCGCCGCUUUUCAUUGACGAUAAUUGUGAGAAUGAGUCAUUUCAACAAGCUUCUGAGGUUUCUGAGGACCCCGCCCUGCAUCUGCAGCGUUCGGCCGAUCACUAAAGCGAGCAAUGCCGUCUCACUGCCGAGUGAUCUCAGCGAUGCACUCGAUACGGCCGAGCUCAAGCACAAGAAUCACCCCGGAGCACGAAAACGGAAGCAAGUCAAGCUUCCAGAGAAGCUGCAGGCAGCGGCCGAUACGGUUCUUGAAACACAAGACAUAAGCAAACUACGUGAGGCAGCCGUGCUUAUCCGAAACCAGCUCUGGUCUCGGCACCUGCCCAUCGAGAAUGACGAGCUCAGAUCUCGAGCUAUGAACAUCGAGAAGGAGCUCUUCGGAAACUCUCUUGACAGAAUGAGUCAAGAGGAAAGGGAUUACGUUGAAGAAGAUGUCAAAGAGAAAGUAUUUGAGAGCCUGAAGAGACGAGUCAGAUUGUGGAAGCCUAUGAAAUAUGACGAUUUCGGAGCUCGUGGCUAUCUAGUGGGGAAGCUUGCUGCUGACUACGCGGUCGUUCAUGACGUCUUUCACGAGAUUCGACAUCUCAAUCCCGCUUUUGCCCCUAGUUCUAUGAUGGACUUUGGGUCAGGUCUUGCUUCAUGCUUCUGGGCUGCAAGGAGUAUCUGGCCUAAAUACUUCCAGGAAUACUUCAGUAUCGACAUUUCAAAUGAAAUGCAUAACCUGGCAAGGCUUCUCGCAACGGGAGGAAAUCCCAGUGCACAGAUGAAGUUCCGCUCCUUUUUUCAGCGGGAAUUUCUUCCGUCCACUGAUAAGAUCACCUUUGACCUUGUGGUCAGUGCGUUCACACUCAUGGAGCUGCCGAAUGCCAUACAAAGGCUGGAAACAGUGGCCAACCUGUGGGGCAAGACUAGUGGCCUGUUGGUUCUCAUUGAAAAUGGCACACAGGCUGGACAUAGGGCCGUUGCUGAAGCCCGUGACUUCAUACUGAUGAUCAGCAAGGAUGGUGGUCAAGAGCCUGCCCAAGUUUUGGCUCCUUGUCCUCACGACCUUGACUGCCCGAGGGAGACACAGGCACUUGGAAUUCCCUGCACGUUCCAAGCACGCUACGAGGAGCCCUUCCUUACAGCCAGCAAGCACUCGGCUAUUUCAAGGUACUCUUACGUGGUCCUGCAGAGGCCUGGAGAAAUUGCCAAGGAGAGAGAGUGGGCUCGUGUAAUCCGGCCGGUUCUGCGGCGUAGCCGGCACGUGGUCUGCCGAUUCUGCUGCAAGGAUGCACAAUUAAGGGAAUUUGUGCUCAGCAAGAGGAGGCAUGGCAGGCAUGUGUACCGCUUGGCACGAUCCAGUGAGUGGGGAGACCAGCUGCCUCUGGACAUGCUGCCACCUGACGAAGAAGGAACACCACUGUGUGAUGGCUGUGAUGGAGAUGUGGACGACGACACAUUCGAUGAUGUAGAUAGCAAAUAAACCAUACCUAUGACACUGUU